AUGAAUGGCGGCUAUGUCCCUCCCCCAGGCGCAACUGCGCCGCUUCCUCACAUCGAGGAUAUGGUGGCCUUUCCCCAGGAUAUCAACCGAAACCAAACGAUGAAGUAUCUGCUCGAGCAGGCUGAAACAACGCUGGCAAAGUCUGAAAUGGGCCGUGAAUUUGGGAAACCUGCCCUUGCCUUCAGAGACUACGUCAAAGCCUCGGUCAUUGCCGUGCAAAUCAUUCCCUCUCACCGUGAAUAUGUAGAAUUAAAAAGCCAUGCGAGUCCAGAAACACGACAACCUGUCAAUGGACAGCAACCCGAGGCUCGUACGAACGGCUCACCGGGGAAGGUCAAGCCUACUGUGCACCCCAAGCCUCAAUCUUUAGCUGGCCAUGCCAUCAAGACCGGGCAUACCCGGGCCGCCUCCGCUGCCUCCGCCAUCUCCUCGACUCAAGCCAUGUCGGAUCUUGCCGCACGAUUUGCCAACCUACGAGGCCCUCAGCCUUCUCCGGGGCAAGAUCCUCGCAUCAAGACUCACCAGAUUGUCCCGCCGCCAAGCAGACCUGCCGGGCCCCGAGAUAUGCCACCGCCGCGCCCUAAAAUAUCAUUAGAUAGCGCAAUCCCGGCACUGCCAAAGAUGCCUGAUGCGAUUUACAGUCCUGCGCGAGGUAGCAUAUCUGGAGAGUCCGCUCGUCUUCCACCUAGCACGCCACGAGGUCCUUACAGCCGUGCCGGGUCAAUUGUAUCCAUUGGCAGCGCGACAACCACUCCUUUACCGCAGCAGCAGCAGAGCAAUGACUAUUUUUCAGCCCAAUCACAAAGCUCUUCUAGAAACGGAAACAUUGAUACUCCAUACCCCCCAGAGAGUGGUUUCAAGAUUCCGGAAGGGGAUAGAAUUACACCUGAAGAGCUCUUUGAAGCCAUGAAAGCAAAGGGUUCUAUUUUAAUCAUAGACGUCCGUGCUCGCGAGGACUUUGAUGAGGGCCACAUCAUGUCCUCCUCCACAAUAUGCAUUGACCCCAGUAUACUUUCCAGGCCGAAUAUUUCUGCCGAUGAAAUAGCUGAGAGCCUGGUCCUAUCCCCAAAUCAGGAGCAGAUUCAGUUCGAAAGACGAGCCAGUUACGAUUUGGUGGUAUUCUAUGACCAGUACUCAGAAAAGAUUCCCUCUCCUUGGAAUACCGAAGAGGCAGCUCUUUUGUCUCUACAUCGCGCCUUGGUACACCUCAGCUACGGACACGAGCUGCGAAAUUCCCCCAAACUGCUCAAAGGCGGGUUGGACGCAUGGGUCGAUCUUAUGGGCUCUGCUUCUCUGCAGUCGACGGCUCCGCCCAAACCCAAGAAGAUUUCUUUAGUUCGACAGGGUCCAUUCCAGCGUCGGCCGUCUCAAUAUCUGGGGAAGCCACUGAGACCGGACAUUGUCAAAGUCUGGCAACAGGCUGUAGAGAUUGAAGAAAAGGAGACCGAGACGGCGACAGAGCAGGCCUUUCACCGCUCAACCGAGUCUUUCUUGCGGAGGUUUCCUUCUUUGUCUCUGCAGGAAUCAAUGACGUCCCCCACCAUUGUUGAACAAAGGACCCCGGGCUAUGGCUCGUCUCACCAGGUUGACCUCUAUACCGACCUGCCUUCUCCUCCCACAAGGCCAGCUCCAGCAUUACCACGAUUAAGUUACAGCAGUCUAUCUCAGACGGUCGAAGAACAUGACAUGUAUGACGAACCAGCUCCGACACCACCGGCCCCGCCACCUUCUGAGAAAGUCUUUUACACCGGUCUAAACAACCCUCACAAUUGGUGUUAUGCAAACAGUACUCUACAGUCAUUAUUGGCGUCGCCCAAUUUUGGGAGAGAAUUGAGCAAUUCGGAAUGGGUUGAGAGAUACUCGGCCCCAAGAAAAGACGAUGAGAAGAUUGAUCAACCCCAGUUGAUGAUUAAAAUAAUAUCAAAUCUAUUCCAUUGGAUGACGACGGGAAAGUUCAAAACCAUGAAGGCUCAGACGCUAAUGGACUAUUCCCUCCAUCUUUGCCAGCACAGUCAAACCAUCUCCAAGUUUGGUGGCAAUGGGCAACAGGACGCUCAAGAAUUCAUGUCCUUUUUAUUAGACUACCUCCACGAUGAAACCAAUUCUCGCCGGAACCUCAAAGGCAACAUCCCACAGCCAAGCACGAUUCCUCAAGCACGCUUACAGGCCGCUGUUGAGUAUUGGAAGAAUUACCAAGAACUGAAUCGAUCCAUUGUUGAUCGCUACUGGCGUGGUCUUGAGCUCUCAACAGUCGACUGCCAACGAUGCCAUAAGCAGACACACACAUUCUCAACGUUUGACUUGGUCUUCGCGCCUGUCGGUAAGAAUCAAGAUAUUACUCUCGAGGAUUCCUUCCGAGAGCACAACGUUGUCAACACGCUCGACAACUUUGCAUGCGACACGUGCAAGAGAAACACAAAGGCUAUGCAAACCACCUGCUUUGCCCGUAUGCCUCCCUUGCUGUGCCUGAGCUUCCGCAGGUUUGACUUUGACAAAUCUGUCGGAGACAUAAAGAAGUCGACGAGAAAAGUCACUUGGGACUUUAACGAGAUCGACCUCACUCCGUAUUUCAUGCGGACAGGCGAGAAUUCGAGCGACAGGGCUUUUUCGGGGCCGUUCAAGUAUCAGUGCUACGCUGUUAUUGUUCACAGCGGCAGCAAGACUGACAAUGGGCACUAUUACGCUUAUGUGCGGGACUCGAGCACUCAUGAUCAGUAUGCGUGGUACCGCUGCGAAGAUAGCCAGGUCACCAAGGUGCGGAUCGGCACCAACGAUGCCACUGACUACAAGGAAAACGUGUUUAGAUCUGGACGAGACACGGUUCCUUAUCUGGCGUUUUUCAGGAGGAAAGAUAGCUGA